ACGGUAAAAAAGCAUCUCGCGUCUAACCUGCGAAAGUAAAAUCCUACUUUACUGUAUUAUUCAGAAACCUAGUAUUGAAACGUUUGGAAUUGAGUUAAGCCUUUCAACUAUUAAGCAGCAAAUAUUUUCAAGGGCAUCAAAGAACGACACACAAUGCCAGUUCGCGUGGAACAGCACAAUCCAUUUUCGGCGGCGGCGUUGGGCAGCCCGAAGCUGAAAACCGUCCCGAAAGCAAUCCACAACCACCUGCGAGGGUUUCCUGUUGUCAACGGAGAAGUUACGCUACUAUCGGCCAAAGUUCGUGACUUUGUGGAGCAGUCCGCCAUCCUCUGCCAACCGGAGAAAAUUCACAUCGUUGAUGGAAGUGAGCAGGAAAGUAACACACUACUGAAAAUGCUUCAUAGCCAAGGAACCAUCCAAUCAUUGCCAAAGUACGACAAUUGCUGGUUGGCUCGAACGAAUCCUGCGGACGUCGCGCGGGUCGAAUCCAAGACUUUCAUCUGCACCGAAAAAAGUGAACAAGCGAUACCAACACCAAAGGAAGGAGUCAGUGGUGCGUUAGGAAACUGGAUUGCUCCCGAAGCAUAUGAGCGAGCAAUUCACGAUCGAUUCCCAGGGUGCAUGAAAGGCCGCACCAUGUACGUGGUUCCUUUCUCAAUGGGACCGAUUGCUUCUCCCUUGUCCAAAAUCGGAAUCGAAAUCACCGACUCAGCCUACGUUGUCAACUCGAUGCGCAUCAUGACACGAAUGGGGGAGGAUGUGUUGGACAAACUGUCAAAUAACUCGGACUUUGUCAAAUGCCUCCAUUCGGUCGGCACUCCAGCGAACGGAAAAAUCUCGAUGCCCUCGUGGCCCUGCGAUCCUGAACGAACAAUCAUCCUGCACAAACCGGACAAAAACGAAAUCGUAUCGUACGGAUCCGGUUACGGUGGCAACUCUCUGCUUGGAAAGAAAUGCUUUGCUCUCCGCAUCGGUAGCACUAUCGCACAGCGAGAAGGUUGGCUCGCCGAGCAUAUGCUCAUUCUCGGCAUCACGAACCCGAAUGGUGAUAAGAAAUACAUAGCUGCUGCCUUCCCGUCCGCUUGCGGUAAAACAAAUCUAGCAAUGAUGAAUCCGACCCUACCCGGUUAUAAAGUGGAAUGCGUUGGUGACGACAUCGCCUGGAUGAAGUUCGAUUCCAAAGGUCAGCUGCGAGCCAUCAAUCCGGAGAAUGGCUUCUUUGGGGUUGCUCCCGGUACAUCCAUGGCAACAAACCCGAAUGCCAUGAAGACAAUCUACAAGGACACAAUCUUCACAAAUGUGGCGUCCACUUCCGAUGGUGGCGUUUUCUGGGAAGGAAUGGAAAACGAACUCACGCCUGGAGUGGAAAUCACCGACUGGCUAGGUCAGCCAUGGAAGAUGGGAGAAACCAAAACCCCUGCAGCUCAUCCAAAUUCCCGAUUUUGUGUUCCUGCCAGUCAGUGUCCUAUUAUAGAUCCCGCCUGGGAAGAUAACGAAGGUGUACCUAUCUCGGCUAUUCUCUUCGGUGGUCGUCGCCCAGCUGGAGUUCCACUUGUGUACGAAGCCAACUCCUGGUCACAUGGGGUGUUUCUCGGAUCGGCUAUGCGAAGUGAAGCGACGGCUGCAGCCGAACACAAAGGAAAGGUUAUCAUGAAUGAUCCCUUCGCUAUGCGUCCGUUCUUUGGAUACAACUUUGGAGACUACCUGAAACACUGGUUAGGCAUGGAGCAGAGAGCAGCCGCUGUAGGAGGUACCAUGCCAAAGAUCUUCCACGUCAACUGGUUCCGCAAAAACGAACAAGGAAAGUUUCUGUGGCCAGGAUAUGGCGAAAAUAGCCGAGUGCUGGAUUGGAUUUUGCGACGCGUUGACGGAGAAGAUUGCUUCCAACAGACCCCGAUCGGGCGGCUUCCAACGCCAGGAGCGAUCAACGUAAGCGGCAUGAAUCAACGAGUGGACGAGAAAGAACUGUUCUCGAUUUCGAAGAAAUUCUGGCUAAAAGAAGUCGAAGAAAUUAAGCAAUACUAUGACAAUCAGCUGCCGCACGAUCUUCCUGCAGAAAUUGGCUCCGAACUGCAGCAGCUGAAAGAUCGUGUGGAAGAAAUGCAAUGAAUGAGGGGGAAAGGUCGUACGAUAGAAUAAGUUCAAUACCAUUGUAAAUAUUCCUGUACAUAUUUUUAAGUGCGCAAAUAUUAUUAAGUAUUAAAACAUUUCGUAUUAAAAUCUACUGAACAAAAGUAGAUAAAUGAAUAAAACUACAAAAUUGA